AUGGCUUCAAACAAUGUCCCCGUCGAGAUUUCGGUAAUUCAAGAUGAACCGGUACCGGUUCAUCAAAAUCAACCCGAGCUCGAACGGAAAGUAGGAGGCUGGGCUCCGGCAUUUCUCCUUCUAGCAAAUCAAGCCUUAGCAACAUUUGCAUUCUUCGGCGUUGGAGUCAACAUGGUCUUGUUCUUGACCCGAGUCAUCGGUCAAACCAACGCCGAUGCUGCAAAUAGCGUCAGCAAAUGGACAGGGACCGUCUAUUUGUGCUCCCUUCUCGGAGCUUUUCUCUCCGAUUCUUACUGGGGCCGAUACCUCACUUGCGCGAUCUUUCAAGUUAUACUAGUUUUGGGAUUGGGGCUACUAUCGUUGUCGUCUUGGCAAUUUCUAGUGAAACCUGCCGGAUGCGGAGACGGAGUAAAAGAAUGCAUGCCGACUUCGCUUAAAGGAAGUAUGAUGUUCUACACAUCUAUUUACAUGGUUGCCUUAGGCUACGGAGGGCACCAGCCGACGUUAGCUACUCUUGGUGCAGACCAGUUCGAUGAGUCAGACCCGAAACAUAAAGAAAAAGGCUCGAAAGGGGCUUUCUUUGCCUACUUCUAUGCAGCACUCAACAUUGGAUCGUUGUUUUCGAACAGCAUUCUCGUGUACUACGAAGAUAUUGGUUUCUGGACGAUGGGCUUCUGCGUGUCUAUGGCAUCUGCGAUCAUAGCCUUGCUGUCGUUUUUUUGUGGUUCGUUUCAUUAUCGUUAUGUUAAAGCGUCGGGAAAUCCUCUGCCACGUGUCGCUCAGGUAUUCGUCGCAGCAUGUCGGAAACGGGGGGUUCGUAUUGUUGAUGAGAAGCAAUUGUAUGAAGUCGAAGGCUCGGAAUCCGCCAUCAAAGGGAGUCGAAAGAUCCUUCACAGCGAGGAGUUCAAGUAUCUCGAUAAGGCCGCAGUGGUAUUACAGAGUGAUUUAUCGGGGCCGCAAGAUCAAUGGAGAUUAUGCACCGUAACACAAGUCGAAGAAGCAAAAUGCGUGAUACGAAUGCUACCAAUUUGGCUAUGCACGAUUAUAUACUCCGUUAUUUUCACUCAAAUGGCAUCGCUAUUCGUCGAGCAAGGAGCAGUAAUGAACUCCUACAUCGGAAACUUCCAUCUCCCGGCCGCCAGCAUGUCAAUUUUCGACAUUCUCAGCGUGCUCGUGUGCACCCUAAUCUACCGUAAAGUGUUAGUCCCAUUAGCCGGAAAACUAAGUGGCAACCCAAAAGGUCUAACCGAGCUUCAACGAAUGGGGAUCGGCUUGAUCAUCGGACUUUUAUCGAUGAUCGCAGCAGGAGUGACGGAAGUCGAGAGGCUAAAACAGUCAAUUCCCGAGAAACAUUCGAGCUCGAUGAGCAUAUUUUGGCAAGUUCCACAAUACGUUUUAGUUGGAGCUUCGGAGGUGUUCAUGUACGUGGGUCAAUUGGAGUUCUUUAACAGCCAAGCCCCAGAUGGGAUCAAGAGUUUUGGAAGCUCGUUAUGUAUGGCGUCGAUUUCUCUUGGAAAUUACGUUAGUAGCCUUCUGGUUCAUAUGGUGAUGAGUAUAACGGCGAGGGGAGACGACGUCGGUUGGAUACCGGAGGAUCUGAACGACGGUCAUAUGGACCGGUUUUAUUUUCUGAUCGCCAUUUUGACGAUAUUUGAUUUCGUACUUUACGUUUACUGUGCUAAAAAGUAUAAGUGCAUCAGUGUGGAGGAAGAUGCCAAUGGGCCCAAGAAGGGAGAAGCGUAG